AAUCAAUACCCCGCCUACAAGGUUUAUUCACCACCAAACCUACGUGUUUGCUUCGCGUUGGUCCCUAUCACAUAUUGUCUCACCUUUCUUCACCUCCUUUUCGCAUCUUGCGAAUAUUUAGUGAUGAGGUCCCGUCCGAGUCCUUCACCUAUCUUCCAGGGCUUGCUCCUCACAACUCAUAAGUCGCCACACAUUCGCUCCGAUAGCCAUGGAGACGCACCCGCUCGAUUAUCAGUAUGAUAAUCUCGGUAUACCCAAUGUCGCACAAGAGCCGUUUCUACCGCGCCCAUCGAAAUCGUUCGAAUUCAAAGCCACAGACUGCCAGAAACUCCACGUCCUGGUAGCCGCCAACUGCGAGCGCGACGUCUCGAAAGCCGAGGCCUUGGUCGUGCGUUUCUUCGGGCACGCGAAAGUCGAAUGCAGGGCGAUAUGUGAUGAUCCUACAGCGAAGGCCGUGCGGUUCGCCCCUACUCUCGAAAACUCCCCGAGCAGUAUUAGCCGCGGCAUCAACAAUGGCGAAGGCACUGCCCAAGUUUGGGCCGAUUGGGCGGAUUUGUUGGUCCUGGCGCCGGCCAGUGCGGAUACAAUGGCAAAGAUGCUGAAUGGGAUAACGGGGACUCUUAUACUCGAUGUGUUAAGGGGUUGGGAUGUGUCGAAAAAGAUAAUACUGGUGCCGGGCAUGACGACAUCAAUGUGGGAGAAUCCCAUGACAAAGAAGCAGCUAUCGAAGCUGAGGAGGAAAUGGAACUGGGUCCGAGUGAUGCCGCCGAUUCUGUGGCAAUACGACGAGAAGGGAGCAAAGAAGUGUCUCAUUCAAUAUGAUGGCUUCCCCGACCUCGUCGAAACUAUCAAUAACCAAGCCGAACUUCUGACGAUUGGCCAUGAUGUUGAUAUAACCACGUCUGGCGAUAUAGAGCAGGCACGGCGAAACCAAAAGACGGAAACUCGGCUCCCAUCGGAGUUAUGGACCAUAAUAUUCGACUAUGUCGGCGACUGGGAAGUAGCACAAUCAAUCGGCAUAUAUACCAACCUGCCUAUACCAAGAGAAUGGGAGCUCCGUGAAUCCCCGAAGGAUGAACUUCACGAGUAUAUUCGCUCUCUCGAAUCCACAAUCCUUACCAAGUCUGUGCCGCGCGUUAUUGACAAGCUCGACCAGGCCCCAAAGAGCAUGGAAUACCUGUCGUCACUAUGCGUCAAGCUUAUCAUCAAAUUCUGCCUCACAGACGUCCUCUCAUAUCUCGAGACCAAAUUCCGCGAAGUCUUUUGGACAUCCUUUGGCGGAAAACUACUUCCAACCAAAGCGUCGGCGGUUUAUGGAAGAAAUGAGAUUCUGGAGUGGUGGCGAACCUCUGCCUCCUUUCUCAAGAAAGACUAUACAGAUGAAGCUAUAGACGGAGCCUCCAAGUCAGGCUUCGUACACGUGCUGGACUGGUGGAAAAAGUCCGGCCUGCCGCUGAAAUACAGCGAAGCGGCGUUGGAGCAGGCGAGCAGCAAGGGACACAUCCUCGUCCUAGAAUGGUGGAAGGAGGCAAGCAUGCAUCAAGGCGCAUAUAUCCUUGAGCCCGAGUCGAAGAACCCUUCUUCGCGGCGCACAAACUCCUCAUACUUGUACGAACCAGCGUCGCCAAGUUUCGACUCGCAGUCGAUGGAUGUCGGACUUGCGCCGCUGAGGCUGAAGGUUGGCAAGUCAGUACUAUACGCAGCUCAAAACGGGCAAACCCGCGUUGUGCACUGGUGGGAUACGUCCGGGAUUCCGUACUCGCACUCUGACUCCGUGGCACGCCUUGCGUCGGCUUAUGGCCACGUUGACGUGCUUGAAACGUGGAAGAGCCUUAAGGGGAGCAAGUUUGCGAUGAGCUAUGAUAAUCAGGUGCUUGUUGGGCCGACGAAGAAUGGGUUUGUGCGGGUGCUGGAGUGGUGGCGCCGACAGACGAGUGGGGAGGAUUGGGGAUGGGAGGGAAAGAGGUUAAAGGUAGAGUACAAGACUUGCGAUAUUGAGGAGGCGCUUGAAGAUAGUGUGCGCCUGGCUGGUGGAGAGGGAGAGGACGAAGUAAGGAAGUGGUGGGCGAGGAACGGGCUCAACCUCGGAGUGGGCACCAGCGAGUGGAUGGAGAUCAAGACUCUAUGAUGUUCGAAAUUAGUUGCUUAUAUCUCUAGGUUUGUUUUGGUACCAGCGGGUUAAAUCUCAGGUCUUUUCGGGGCGCGGUUGCUUUAAAUAGAUACUGAUGGAUGGGCUUUCGAGGGUUACAAACUGGCAAUGUGGGAACCUGAUAUACAGGAAAAGGGAUCAUAGCUGGCUGUGACUAUGUAUCAGUAUGGCUAGAAAGGGCGUAUAUCAUACAUAUCAAUAUUUAGUGUUUUCGUACUUUGAUAUGGCAUUUUUUCAAUGCAGGAUUCUAAAUAAAACUCUUUCAAAACAUGG